CCAUCCAAUCCAAUCCAAUCCAAUCCAAUCCCAUCCGAUCUUAUCUCACCAUGACCAAGCCAACACUUCUCUCGUGCUUUCUCCUCCUUCUCGCCGGUUCCUUCCGGUACGGCACGGCAGCGAAUCUCCGGGCCAGCAACAUCGGAAGCACCUCGCUUUCGUCCGAAACCGUCCGCGACGAAGAUCUGAUGAGCAUCCGGUCGUAUCUCGUGGUCGGCCUCGACGGCUACGCGCUGGAUGACCUCGACGGGAUGACUCCCGAGAAGCAAGCCGUGGUGGAAUGCGCCUUCCACACCGCCUUUGACGAAGUCCACGGGGACAAGGACGGGAUCUACCUUGCGGGGCAGGAGAUCGUCGCCACCGACGAGGACCCGGGCAACGAUGCCGACUACGGCGACGGACCAGAGGAUUCCAAGCGAGCCAGCUUCAUCGACUGGUCCAAGCGCCGCAAGUACAGACGCCCCCGCUACAUCCCCGUCCGUCCUCUCACUCCCCCGCCUCCCCGGCGGGCGCCCCUGUACAAGCGAAAAACGAAAUGGGCUACCUAUUGGAAAGUCGACGGUGGGGGCAUGUGCCGUUUGUGUAAGUCUGGUGUCAACAGCACGGCAAACGAUAGGAAUGAAAGCUGGGAGUUUAGCUUUGCAGUGCGAUUGCAGCGAGAUUGCGAUUUGGAUUGAAUGCAUGCGUAUCCGAUUGCUUUUGGUGUUGCAUUGUUGUUGUGGCAAUGGGUGGUGGAUCUGCUGCGUUGCCUCUUUGCCUGUUACUUUUCAUCAGUGGCUUGUACUGUGCCGAACUCCUCACCGCCCUAUCUUUGUGUUUUACAAAACGCCAAUAUCACACCAAUCGAAAAAGGUCCCGACGACGAUGCUCUGAAAGUUGUCUCCGGGUCUUUCCUGCUCAAUACCUACGACACCAAGAAGGCCAAGGACGAAGAAAUCGCCUCCGAUUAUGUCUUUGGUGAGGCCAGCAUGAACGCCAUUGCCGAUGCAAUGCGCAAGCAUCUCAUCGAAGGGACCUGUGUGGCAGAGGGAGACGAUUAUUUUGAAUACAUCGAGCGAGUGGACGUGUAUCCCAUCAGCCAGGCCGAAUUCGAAUCCACCGUCGCCGCCAUUGCUGCCUUCAAGGAAACGAGAAAGGAGGCUGUCGCGAGCCAUAACGAGAACGAGAGAGAGGCCCUCGACAAGAACGAAGGCUCGUCUCCUACGGGACUCGCCUCCCCGCCUCUGGUGGAAGCAUCUCUUCCGUUUUACUACGGUACUUUGGUGGCUUCUGAUGCUGCCGCAACUUCCGCCAGCAGACACUUCAGGAUUGGUUUGUCGGGCAUCGCUUGCGGGCCCUGGAACAACCAAGACCUGCUCGAUGUGAACUCUGCGCUCCACAACUCCAUCAACUCCCUCGAGGGUCUCAGCGACAAGGGCCAUACCAUCGACAAGAUCGUCGGUGGCGCCACCCACCGACCCCGACCCCGAAACUACACCUGGGGGUGCGGCUUCGAUCUGUAUUCCAGGCUGGACGUGGCCGGGGAAAUGAGCGAUUCCGCCCUCGACGACAUUGGCGACUCGCUAUGCUCGGAGCUCUAUUGGCUCGGGGGCAACAGGUUCGAGCACGCCAUCGACUGCGGCCUCGAACCCCUCUCCGUCACCGAAUACAACGAAGCCGUGGCGGUCACCAUCGCAGCGGACGGCAACGCCGCGAGUGGAGGCAUGCUGCACCACAAUGGUGCUGGUCCCUCUGCCACCACUACGCAGGAGUAAAGGAACGACGGCAGCACAACCGCUGUUACCGAUCGAACACCAUGACGACUUUCCUUUGGGCUCGGACAGCAGGCCGUCCUUCGAUCCUUCCAUCCUUGCUCCUAAUUUUUCUUACUAUCUUCGCACACAACGAUGCCGAUACGCAUGAUAUACAACUUACUACAAACUACAUACUACACACUACAUAUUACAUAUUUCACAAAAGCAACGAAUACUCGGCUGCAGCACCAGCACCUUCCGCCUCUGUCGAGAAGAAACCUAUCCGAGAUGAUUGACAUUCCUUGGCUUGUUGGGACGAAAUUCUUUUCAAUACAUAUUUACAUCUACA